GUCGAGUCAAAUACUCCUCAUUCUUCUCGGGCUACAAAUGAAAUACUUCGAACCAGGUCAAUUAAGAUCUAGACACCAAAACACAAAUACACAUGCACCUUUCCUAAUUCCUAUAGAAUAUUCAUGGGUUCGCCACUCACGUGCAUGUCACGUCCUCCAACUCUUAAAAUUAUGAAGCCAAUUCAAAGCCUUAAUCACAAACACAAUCACAAACUGUACUUUCUCUUUCUUUUUAACUUUGUUUCUUAAACUUUGAUUUUGGUUGGUUUCCCUCUCAAGGCAUCCAAAAACACAUUCUCACAUACUGUAUUCUAUUAAUCAUCCCCACUUAAGUUCCAUUCUUUUAAAAGGUUUCUAUUGUAGGGUCAACAAUUAUUUUUACCCCUUUUGUUUUUCUAAAUUAAUGAUUUAGUAAAUCUAGGUUGUUUGAUCUUAUACACUUUUAAAGAAAGAAAGAAAGAAAGCUGUUCAAGUAGUAGUAUUAUUAUCAAGUGUACUAAAAACACAACAUAGUCCUCCAUAAAAACCAAGGAAGAGAGAGAAUUAUGAUCAUAAUAAUUAAAAACAAGUUGAGAGUAAUAGAUUAUUUGAAAGAAGCAGGAAGAGAAAUUUAGAGAAUAAUAAUGCCAAGGCAAAAUCAACAACAUUGCAAAAUCAGGAAAAGGGUGUCAUCAUCAUCGUCGUCAUCCUCUUCAGUGGUGAAGAAGAAGAAUUACAAAUUGAAAAAGGGUGUUUUGGUAGGGAAACUCAUUAUGGCAUCAGGUUCAGAGUCACCUUUGCAGAAUUUUGAUACAAAUAAUAAUUAUAAUAAUUAUUACUAUAACAAUGUUAGUAGUAAUAAUAAUAAGGGGAAAGAGGGUGUUUCAGCACGAAAAUUGGCUGCUACUUUGUGGGAAAUAAAUGGAUUUCAUUCACCUGCUCGACUGAAAGAGGAAAUCUUGGAGGAGAAAAGAGUUAGAAGCAGCAACAACCCUCAUACCCCUGUUUGUGACCAGCUACAGAUUGAUGGAUCUAAAGUGGGAGGUCACAGGAGAAGAUCUUCUGCAACUUCGCAGAAACUUGAGAUUACAGGAGGAGGAGGCCCUGAAACUCUCGGAAAAGCCACUUCCAUUGAGGUAUCGAGUCACAUGGCUGGACUUGGAGAGAACAAUAUGAACGUCAAAACUCGUUUGAAGGAUGUUAAUAACAGCCUAAUUGCCUCAAAAGAGCUUGUCAAGGUCUUGUUCCGAAUUCUAUCCCAAGAGGAGCAACAUUCAUCCAGGAUAACCUUAGUCUCUGCUCUACGUGUUGAGCUUGAUCGAGCAAGACUCCAAGUAGACAAGUUGAUUCAAGAUCAACGCUUUUAUUGCAAUCAAAUGGAUGCCCUUUUGAAGCAUUUUGCUGAGGAAAAGGCAGCUUGGAAGAGCAGAGAGCAAGAGAGAAUUCGAGAGGCUGUUUCAUCCUUAGCAAGGGAGCUUGAGAUAGAGAGAAAGCUUAGGAGACAAGCUGAAAGGCUGAACAAGAAGCUAGGUAUGGAGUUAGCUGAUACAAAAGCUCAUUUUUCUACCGCGCUCAAGGAGCUUGACAGUGAGAAAAGGGCUAGGGAGAUAUUGGAGCAAACUUGUGACGAGUUAGCAAGAGGGAUUGGAGAAGAGAGAGUUGAGGUGGAGGAAUUGAAAAGAGAAUCAGCAAAAGCAAGAGAAGAGGUUGAGAAAGAAAGACAAAUGCUUCAAUUGGCAGAUGUCUUGCGGGAAGAGAGAGUCCAGAUGAAGCUUUCAGAAGCUAGGUAUGAAUAUGAGGAGAAAAACGCGGCAUUGGAGAGAUUAAAGAAUGAUAUUGAAACCCACUUGAAAAGUAAAGAAAAUGGUACCAAUAAUCUUGAUGAAAAAACAGGGUUGAAGCAUUUUUUGAAGACAAUGCAAAUGGGUGCACUGGAAAAUGGAGGAGAAGGAGAAGGAGACUCAGGAGAUAGCGAGCUCCACUCAAUCGAACUAAACAUGGACAAUAAUAACAGGAGCUACAAGUGGAGCUUUGCUUGUGAAGGGAACAAUCAAGGUGACUCCAGAAGGGGUUCAAUGGAUGAAGUAUUCAAGGGAAGGAGAUCACUUUCUGAGAAAAUUCAGUGGGAAAGUAUUUGUUUGCAGAGAAAAACUUCAGAUGGAGGCAUAGAAUGGGACUUCACUGCCAACAACAAGCUGGGAAGUAUUAAUGGAUUCGAUAUAGGAAGACCGUCCCAAGUUUGUGAAGUUGGUGCAACAAAUGAAGACGUCGAUGAUGAUGGUGAUGGUGAUGAAUCGUUCAAAAGGUAUAACUCAGUAGAUAAAUCUCAUAGAUUACCAUCUUUUCAUGGCUCACCAAUCUCUACAGGAAACUCAUCGCGGUUGAGAGAGGCUUGUAGUGCAAUCUUGCAAGAUUUAGCAUCAAAGAGAGAACAGCUUCAACUCGAAGGCCAAUGUAGGGUAAACAACAUAUGAUUGCUGGAAUUCAGUACAUUAUAAAAAUUACCAGAUUUUAAUUAAAUUAUACUCCGUACCAUGUUUAAUCUUACAUACUACGAGUACUAUUGUUUUAAUCUUUCUGUAUCUCCCGUUCUAGUUCAAUGCUGCUUGCAAUUCCUUUUCAGUAAAACUUUCAUAUUUCAUAUAACUUCUUUACCUUUGUAAAAUUGAGAGGAGAGAGAGAGAGAAAUAUUGAUCUUGUAUUUGACAUACUUACAAAUUUUGUAGUGUGACACUAUGUGAAUAGAUUUUUUUUUUUGAUAUUAGUAUCUAUGAAGUAUUAAUCUUCAUUUAGUUA